AUGGUUCCUUCUGAGAACACAAGUCUUUUCUCUGCAGAUCGCUGUCCCAACUGCAGCUCCUCUGCUUACCCAGAAGUGGAUGUAGCCAAGGCUGUGAUUUUGGGGAUGGUGCUGGUGGUGUUUGUAGUGUUCGGGGUUCUUGGCAACGUCCUGGUCAUCCUGUCAGUGUUGUUCCAUCACCACUGGCGCUCUGUGACACACUACUUCAUCGCCAACCUGGCAGCAGCCGACCUGCUGCUCAGCUCCGCCGUCCUGCCCUUCUCCGCCACCUCGGAGGCUCUGGGGAGAUGGGUGUUUGGUCGGUCCUUCUGCAAUGUCUGGGCCGCCCUGGAUGUCCUCUGCUGCACCGCCUCCAUCCUCAGCCUGUGUGUAAUCUCUAUCGACCGCUACCUGGCUGUCAGCUACCCUCUGCGCUACCCUGCCAUUGCUACGGGGCGACGAGGCCUGACCGCAGUGGCUGCUCUUUGGGGGCUCUCGGCGGCUAUAUCUGUGGGCCCUCUGUUUGGCUGGAAGGAGCCCGACCCAGAAGAUGAGACAGUGUGCAGAAUAACUGAGGAGCCCGGCUAUGCUGUGUUCUCAGCACUAGGAUCUUUCUAUAUACCUCUGGCCGUCAUCCUGGCCAUGUACUGCCGUGUGUAUACUGUGGCAAAGAGAGAGACAAGGGGCAGUAAGGGAGAUGGGGUUGAAACAGAGGGGGUGAUGCUGAGGAUACACAGAGGGAAUGCUGCUCAGACAGGGAAGCAGGAGGAUGAGGAGGGGACCGUGAGGCAUAAACGCACCACUUUUUCCCUGCCGAGGCUGCUGAAGUUCUCAAGAGAAGAAAAGGCAGCCAAGACUCUAGGCAUUGUUGUCGGGUGCUUCAUUCUGUGCUGGCUCCCUUUUUUCCUGGUUUUACCCAUCGGGUCCAUCUUCCCAUCCUGUAAGCCUUCUGAAACCAUCUUUAAGAUAACCUUCUGGCUGGGUUAUCUCAACAGCUGCAUUAACCCCAUUAUCUACCCAUGCUUCAGCCAGGAGUUCAAGAAAGCCUUCCACAAUGUGCUCCGUGGUCGCUGCCUGAGAACUGGGGCUCCGGCUAAAUCACAAGGACACAUCACACCUCAUUCUUCCAGUCCAGGCCCCACGUCUACUACGUCUGAUCUCUCAUCCCAAGACUGUGUCACUGUUUCGUCGUGGUGCUGCUGCAGGGCUCUGUCAGCGUCCUCGUCAUCUUCCGGUUGUCCAGAUCAGGCUCAAAGUGCACAAAUCCAGAGUAAGGGUCUGCUAAAAGCGUGGUGUUUCUCAGCAAGUCAAACGCCGGUGCCACAGAACCCCUCCAGUCACGGAUCACCUAAAGUUUUAUGUCUUUCUCUUGGGGUUACAGGAGAGGCUGUUUGAUUGGCAUGUUGAGGCAAUGUAGGAAUGUUUCAGUUUUGCCUCUGGGGAAAACGUAUGUACAACUUUUACAUGUAUAUUUAAACUCCUCAGAGGCAUCAGAAGCCAAACGAUGACUUGCCUCCAGAGCAGGAAGAAGGUGACUUUAUUGCCUAAAGGCUUAUGCCGGUGUAAAUGUCCGGAGUGUUAAAUAAAAUAUGAUUUGGGAAAGUGAAUGAAUAACAUUUUGUCUGCACUCAGCAGCCAGUACUGACUGAGCACAGAGCACUACAUGUCAAAACGGUCCAGAGGAGCUGCUCAGUGGCCAGAAAAUAGAAGACUCAGAAGUAUGAAUGCACAACAAGAAAAAUACAAACUUCUUUGUUUAAAAAAUGCUUUUUGUAUGGACACUGGGUUAGUAGAGAUAACCAUCAGUCCUUGGCAAGGAAUAAAAGAGAUAAUAUGAUCUUAUUGAAAUGACGUGAAAAGAACUCCCGAGACAUAAUUUCUUUAAACAUUAGUGCUAUUUCUGCAGAUUGCACAGAAGCCCUUAAGGAAAAGCUCGUAAACUAAAUUAGCAUUCACCAGCAGCUCUGAGAAGGAGGACGCUGCUGUAGGAGUGUGUGUAUUACGUGUGGGACCUCUGUUUUAAAGGGACUAGACACUCACAGGCUUUGAUUUAGAAAAAUCUGUCACAGAGACAAAAUAAAGUUAGUUGGGGAAGGAGAAAUACCAGUUGACAUUUGGGUGUGACAUAAAAACAACACUAAAGUCACAAACAAAAGCGUUUGAUUCUACCCCUGUGAAGCUUUUCAUGUUCAGUUUUUGUUUUUGCUGAACCUGUAUCAAAUGUGUUGAAUCAACUUUUAGUAUUUGACAUCAAAGCUUGCGGUGUUAAAUAAAACAAGAGGUGUCCGAUGUUUUUCUCUCGGUCUUGGUGAAGGACUAUUUGUUGUUACUGGUUUUCUGCUAGGUCUGCAGAGCUGUUUUCCCAAUGCAUUCACUGUUGUUUGAAGCCGAUGCAUGUGCACUUUAAGCAGGGCCUGUCCGAUGUCUUUGUUCUUCUGUAACUUGCCUCUGUAUGUUGUCUCUAAACCAUCAAUAAGCUAGUCGUUUGUCUUCCUGCCGUUAAUGGGGCUUCUUUUAGUAUCCAAGGCUGGGAAUUAAUUUCUACUUGUUCAUGAUGGGAGGACAUUACGGUGGGGCUGUUGGUAUUCAGUUCACAGAAUCCCAGUAUGACCACAUUUGUGAUGUACAGAGGUGGACAAAAUAAAAUAAAAACUGUGACAUCAUGAAAAGGUAAUAAACUUUGAAUAAACCAAAUCACUACUGCAUGGAAGCUACACAAAUAUAUUACUGUAAGCUAACAAAAGGGUAAGAUUAUCAUAACAUAUGCCAACACACAAGUAUGACCUCCAUCAACAUUGGAGACUCUCAAGAAAUUCAAAUCUCUCUGACCAGACACAAC